CUUCCAACAUCGCACAUGGCCUAGCUGCAACCACACUCACUCAUUCCAUCACCACCCCUCAUUUUGCUUCUCUACUUGUAUAAAUACCAUGAGGCUUUGAGGGAGGGGUUUCCUAUACCAGCAAAGAGAGAAGCUUGGUGAUCAUCUAUGGAGAAGAGCAAGUCAUUCCCUGAAUACAGCUCGGCUUACUCCGGCGAGUUCGGGUUCCGGGAGCGGUCCAACUCGUACAACUUCAACGGGCCAACCCAGAAGGGAAGCGGGUUUGCAACGUCCGGCGAUCCGGAGCUCCAGAGGAAGAAGAGAGUUGCUUCUUACAACGUGUUUACCACGGAAGGUAAGCUCAAGACGAGUCUUAAAAACAGCUUCAAGUGGAUCAAGAACAGGUUCACCGAUGUUCGUUACGAUGUAUGAAAUAUGUCGUAAAUCAGAUAUAUAUGUAGUUUAGUUAUGAGAGUUGUAUCCCAUGAGUACUCACUUCUGGAUCCCUAGCUAUGGUCCCUGGCCUGUUGAUUGUAUACACUUUCUGUGUCAUGGUUAUGUACGUUUGGUAACCGAGUCGAAAGAUUCCACAGGAGCUGAUCGAGGAUGCAAGAUGUCGACAAUUAUGGAGUUUAUACUAAUUUCCUCUGCAAUUAGAUGCAUUAAGUCUUAAUUUUUCUUCA